AUGGAGGGAUUGUCGACCUCAGGAAAUCAUCACAGGAGGCGGAGUUCGGUGUUGACAGGCGCGGGGGGCCCAUCGCAAUCACGACUGUCAAACGAACCCCAUGAGGAGAGGGCAGGCCGCUCGAGCCCUCGUGAUGGAGACGGGCCAAAGGGAGAGGAGCAGAAGCCGCUCACGGCCGAAGACACGGACUCGUCCGACUUAUCGUCCAUUGCGGAGACAGAUGGCGAGUUGGAGAAUGCGCCAUCCGAUGAGGACCUGAACGAUGAUGAAGAGACCGGUUUAACGACCAAGCAGAGGAAUGAAAGACGGCGGCGGAGAAAGAAGCAGCGCAGGCGGCUCGACGCUCGCAUUGCCGGUUCGAAAAAGAACCCGUAUCGAUUGGCCGACAAGAAUGUCAUCGUGAGGCUGCUGAUAAAUGCUGCGUUGAUUGGAUUAUGGUACCUCUUUUCGCUAUCCAUCUCGAUUUACAAUAAGUGGAUGUUUUCAGAAGAUGCCAUUGUCUUCCCCUUUCCUCUGUUUACCACGAGCCUGCACAUGGCUGUCCAAUUCGUCUUGUCCGCUCUUAUCCUUUACUUCGUUCCGGCUCUUCGUCCUCGACAUCCGACCACGCCUGCGGGAACUGCUGCCUCUCCUGACACUCCUGUUAUGACCAAGCUGUUCUAUGUGACACGCCUGGUGCCGUGCGGCGGGGCUACAUCUCUGGAUGUUGGCCUUGGGAACAUGUCCCUCAAGUUCAUCUCCCUCACCUUCCUCACCAUGUGCAAAUCCUCCGCACUUGCAUUCGUCCUUCUUUUUGCCUUUGUCUUCCGCUUGGAAGCACCGUCUAUCAAACUGAUCCUCAUCAUUGCGACCAUGACGAUUGGAGUCAUCAUGAUGGUGGCUGGCGAGACAGCCUUCAACGCUCUCGGAUUCGCUCUGGUGAUUGCUUCGGCCUUCUUCUCAGGCUUUAGAUGGGCCCUCACUCAGAUUCUCCUUCUCCGUCACCCGGCGACCUCAAACCCCUUUUCGACAUUGUUUUUCCUCACCCCCGUGAUGUUCCUCACCCUUGUAGCCAUCGCACUUGCGGUCGAAGGGCCCGGCGAGAUCGCCGAGGGACUUGGAGCUUUGUCGGAAGCCCGUGGUCCUGUUACUGGGAUCUUGCUCCUGAUCUUCCCGGGCGUCUUGGCUUUUUGUAUGAUUUCGUCCGAGUUUGCCCUCCUCAAACGGUCUUCCGUCGUGACGUUGAGCAUAUGUGGCAUUUUCAAAGAGGUGGUGACCAUCAGUGCCGCCGGCGUCGUUUUCCACGAUAAACUAACUCCUGUCAACGUGUCUGGUCUUAUUAUCACGAUUGGAAGUAUUGCUUCAUACAACUACAUGAAAAUCUCCAAGAUGAGGAGAGAUGCUCGAAAAGAGGUGGAGCGCGAACAACAUGCGGAAGGCUACAGCAUCUCACCCGUCGAAGAGGAGCGGGAAACCAGCCGUGGGUUGGGACUUGGAAUUGGAAGCAGUACCGAGGGUCGAGGAGCAUAUCAAGCAAUAUCGGACCAAGCCUUUGCCGGGGAGUUAGGUGCCCCGAGGACUGCGGAAGCGGGCGACAACGUUAAUAUCACACCGGAAAAUCACAUCCGUUGA